UUGACAAGCACCAGCUUACAACGCGACACACUUAAAAACCAACAGAAGCUUCACAAGAAGUUGUGAACGUUGCGAAUGACUUGGAUUUUCACUGGGCUGUGAAUACUAUGAAAAUCCCUGGAAUAAAUUCUCAUUCUCUUUUCCUCUCCAGUUAUUUAAGUGUAGGUGCUUCGCAACUCGUGGCAAAUCGCAAGGAUGUCUGAAAGCAUGGCGCUCUCCAGAAACGACACCUUCGCUUGGACAAGUGGUUUCAUGGAUAUUAAUCAAACGACGAGCGACAAUAACGGCGGGCCAGAAGCGAUCAUUGUCCCUGUUGUCUUUGGAUUUAUAUUUUUGAUGGGUAUUAUAGGCAACACGCUUGUAAUGAUUGUUAUUGGAAGGAUUAAGUCUGGACGCCCCAGAAACACUACCAAUAUAUUUAUCCUGAACCUCAGUGUAGCAGACUUGUCCUUCCUCCUUUUUUGCGUCCCUUUCCAAGCAACCAUUUACUCCCUUCCCGAGUGGAUAUUUGGGGCUUUUCUUUGUAAAUUCGUUCACUAUUUCGUGAUGGUAAGCAUGCUGGUCAGCAUCUUCACUCUCGUCGCUAUGUCCGCGGACAGGUAUGUGGCUGUGGUCCACGCCAAAAAGUCUCCCUGCAUCCGUAACAGAAAGAACGCAUUAAAUGGAGUUUGCGUAAUUUGGCUGCUCUCUGCCGUCUUCGCCAUCCCCGUGGCCCAACACCAGACACUAACUAGUCACCCAGAAGCACCAAACAGCUCAUUCUGCUGGGAGACAUGGUCCGACAAAGUCUCCAAGCACAUCUACAAAGUGACAAUUUUGAUAAUUGGAUAUUUGUUGCCACUGGUUUUGAUAACAUGCUGUUAUGCUAAGGUGCUGUACCAUCUUCAUAAGAAAAUAAAGAACAUGUCAAGGAAAUCUGAGCGUUCAAAGAAAAAGACUGCGCAGACCGUGCUGCUUGUGGUGGCUGCCUUCCUGCUGUGCUGGAUGCCGCACCACGUCAUCGCCAUGUGGGUGGAAUUUGGCAAAUUCCCACUGAAUGAUGCCUCCUUCGCCCUGCGCAUCAUCUCGCACUGCCUCGCCUACGGCAACUCCUGUGUCAACCCCAUCCUCUACGCGUUUCUGUCUGAGAACUUCCGUAAGGCCUGUCGGCAGGCCUUUUCCUGCAGCCUCCGCUUUCCAUCGCCCCCCGUGGAGAAGGUGGUCCGGAUCCGCAUGGAGAACCUCUCCACCACCCACUCCAUAACCAACAUGACGGGACAGCAGUAGAAGAACAAGGGCUUGUUUUGCCCUCCACCUCCAGGUUCUGGUUGCUUUGCGGGAUUCACGCUGAGCUUCUUUACGUGAAGGGGCACUUCACUCGAGAAUAAAUAAAAAAAAAAAAAACGCUUGAGAUAUGCUGUAG